GUUUAUCAACAUGAUAAUAUGGCUUAGACUGUAACAACACCCAUUUUAUUUUCAAGUGAAUUAUUGUUAUGUUAAUACAACAACAAAGUGUCAUUCGACUAUAAACAGUGUGCUAUUUACUAUGGAAUUCACACCGCAUUUUAAACGCAAGCGGAAAAGCUCACAAAGUUAUUUGAAAUUAGUCCCAUUUCCGCAUUGCCAGAAUGGAAAACCCUACCAUGGAGUCUUUAACGGUCUCUGUGUGGAGGUAAAGGACAGCGAAGAGGCGCAAAUUGGAACUCUUUACGAAAAUGGUUGCUACGGGAAGGGCAGCAGGUCGAGAGGGGGUCCAGCGACUGGAAUGACAUCUGAGACUCUGCUGCUUGGUCUAGAGGAGGCGUGUAUGCUAUGCUACUUUCUGGAAGCACUGGAAAUUAGAGACUUAUCUGGCAGCAAACUUAACUUUGAAACAUACUUGAAAUGGGCACUGGAAUACGAUGAUAAGUUUGUUUAUAAACUGGCAGCAUAUUUAUAUUUGAAAUCCAAAAACUGGAUUAUCAAAAGUGGCAUCAAAUUCGGCGGUGAUUUUCUCAUCUACAAGCAAGGUCCAAGUCAAUAUCAUGCCAGUUUCCUGGUCAUCGUUCAAACGCCUUCAAAGAACCCGGACUCCCAUUAUGUAGCAAAGAAUUUGAAAGGAAUUCAACGUGUUGCUGAAACCUCUGACAAGGAUGUGCUCGUCCUGCGUCUGAAUCAACCCAGUGAUUUUGAUGUAACGCUCGUCACACUGGAAACCCUGGAAUCCCUCAACAUAGAAGAGACUGUGAUACGCCGAUUUAACUACACAUCUUUUGUGCAAAGUAAACAAAAACAAUAAUAUUUAUACGACUAAACUAAA